UUGAAUGCUGGAAUCUCUAAGCAUCAGUCAGGAUCCAGAGAUUUCUUGGAGUUUCAGAUUUGUGUAGAGCAACAAUGUUUAGUUUUGCGAAGGCGCUUGUUCCCCUGAUAUUCCCGGUUGGUUGGGGCAUUGGAUAUGGCGUGACUACUGGGAUGAAGAAGGUGUGUGAUCGUUUCUUUCCAGGAAAGGAUUGCAACAAAGAAUAUGAUCAGGAUGAAGAGGACGAUCUGUUUUGGAAAGGAUUUCCAUCCAGUUCCAAAAAACAAAYCGACCCGGCUGGGGAGGWUUGUUCUGAAAAGGCGUUGGAUGUUGGGACCUCGGACUCCAUCUCGCCCUCUGUACGAGACAGUACAGAGGAUGACAGUACUGUCUCUGGACAAACCGACCCAGCUGGGGAGGUUUGUUCGAAGACGACUGUACACCGUGAGGGUGAGACUACAGUCGCAGAAAAAUCUAACCCGGCUGGGGAAGAUUUGUCUGCGGCUGAUCUGGCAGCCAAAGCUGUGGGUGAAGUGACAGCCAAAGCUUUGGUUUCGCUGGUCCCAUCACUUUCCUUACAGAAGAGUCAUCUGAAGGGUACUUUCACAGGGUCCUUUGAAAUACAAAGUUCCCCAGACGGGGAACUUUGUAUUUCAGAUAACAGAGUUGCUCAUUUGUCCAGAAAACCAUCUCUAAAUGUAAAGAUGUUCGUUGCUGUUGAGGUUUCCUGUUCUCCUGACGUUAAUUCAGUAGAUGGCGCUGGCUCGGAUCUGCCAGUUUUAGGGAGGACAUCUGCAGGACAAGGACAAGCGGAGGAAAACUUCUUCAAGUUCUCCGAUGAGCUCCACAACAGCUGGGUUUCUCUCCGGGCGCUCCGGCUUCCUGCCACAGUCUGAAAUCUCCACUGAAAUGAUCCAGUAGGCGGAGGUGGACCGGUGCCGGUGCAGGGGGCCCAGUCCCCCAGCAGAAAACUGGGCCUUUUGGCCCAGUCUCCUGCUGGGGGGAGCACUGGGGUGAACACUGGGAAGCGGAACUUCGGACAGAGCACCGGGAGGCGGAGGAGCAGCGGGAGACUCUGAAGACGGCGGAGGAGCAG